CAUCAGCAGCAGCUGUGAGGACCAUGGAGGGAUAAACACCGAUGUCCAGAUUUGUUUGCCAUGGAAAUGGAUAUGAUACCAAAAUUCUCCUCCAAAGACGAGGAAAUUGACUUCUGGAAGGGACUUUCUCUCAAAUACAAGAAAAGCUGUCAGGAGGCUCACGAGGAGCUGCUGGAGUUCCAGGAGGGGAGCCGCGAGCUGGAGGCGGAGCUGGAGGCUCAGCUGGGGCAGGCCGAGCACCGCCUGAAGGACCUGCAGUCGGAGAACCAGCGGCUGAAGAACGAGGUGGAGAACCUGAAGGAGAAGCUGGAGCAGCAGUACUCUCAGAGCUACAAGCAGAUCUCCGGUCUGGAGGACGACCUCGGUCAGACGCGCAGCAUCAAGGAGCAGCUGCACAAAUACGUGCGGGAGCUGGAGCAGUCCAACGACGACUUGGAACGAGCCAAAAGAGCCACCAUCGUGUCUCUGGAGAACUUCGAGCAGCGUCUGAACCAGGCCAUCGAGAGGAACGCCUUCCUGGAGAGCGAGCUGGACGAGAAGGAGUCUCUGCUGGUGUCCGUGCAGCGACUGAAGGACGAGGCCAGAGACCUGCGGCAGGAGCUGGCCGUCCGGGAGCGACAGGCGGACGUCAGCCGCAUGUCGGCGCCCAGCUCGCCCACGCAGGACGGCGUGAAGACGGACUCGGCGGUGCAGGCGUCGCUGUCGCUGCCCGCCACGCCGCUCAGCAAGGGCCUGGACAACGCCUUCGCCAACCCCACAGUCCUUUCUAACGGCUACGGCAGUAACUCCCCCCUCACUCCCUCGGCCAGGAUCUCGGCCCUCAACAUCGUCAGUGACCUGCUGAGGAAGGUCGGGGCUCUGGAGUCGAAGCUCGCCGCCUGCAGGAACUUCGCCAAAGACCAGAAAGCGAGGAAGGCGUUCGCUCUGGACAACAGCAACGCGCUGAACGCCAACACCAGCAGCUACCGGCCGGCGCUGCACAACGCCUACUUCGACACAGCCAGGACGGUGAACGGGUUGGAGUCCGGCGGUCUGCGGGCCAUCACCGCCCCCCCUGCUGCCUCCUCGCCCGGACUGGUGCCGCUCGCCGUCUGAGCCCCCCCCCCCCCCACGUCUGGGUCCUGCUGUGAUUCCGUCUGUAUAUUUAAUGUUUCUGUAUCUGCUGUUUGCUCACAAAGACUGAAAAUGACCCCUCUUCUCUGUCAGAUCACUUCCUCAGAGCACAAAGUCCUCUAGAAAAGGGAAAUAUGCAAAUAUCACCAGGUUUCUUCACAGCAUACACAAAAGGACUUUUUUUUUAAUGAAACUUGUGUUUUUUUUGCUACUUUAAUUAGCAAUAAUGCUCCUGGUGGCUGUUACUGGAGGUGCAGGUUUACGGGACCAGGGUGUGAUUCAGACAGAACUAAUCGAUCAGGGCGGCUUCAGCUGAAGAAAACUGAACCGAUUCUGUUUUUAUGCUCAUUUGAACAGAUUCUCACUAAUUAUAGAGCAUCUUCCUCCCUCUAACAUCUAGAUUAUAGAGCAUCUUCCUCCCUCUAACAUCCAGAUUAUAGAGCAUCUUCCUCCACUACUUCUAUAUUCAGUAACUGGAAAAAUAACCACUACUUGAGUAAAUAAGAUUCAUUGAUUCUCAGAUUUACUGUCAUAUUUACAGUAAAGAGACACGUUUUCCCUGUAAGUUACUGUAAGUAACUAGUAACUUAGUUUUACCUGCUGUUUCCUGACAUUACACUUUACUAUAAUCCAGCUGUGAACAUAUUGAGACAAUGACGACGAAAUGAAGUCACUUAUUUUUCCUCCCCUACUUCAGUCAAAAAGUCACACAUUUAAACACUGAAUAGCGGUGUGUCACACGCACACACACACACACACACACACACACACACACACACACACUUAAGGACAAGACUCACUGACUGAGAGAAGACAUGAUAGUUUACGCUAACUCAUCGUUACUAGUUACCGUUUAAACUAAAACUAACAUUUCACAUGUCAAUAAAACAGCUUUGAGCACAACAUGAGGAAAAAAAGCUUUUAAAGCUUUUUAUUUGAAGUAACUCCUUUAUUUCUACAAAGAAAAACUAUAACUGUAAUCACUCUUUAAUUAACAAGUUUCCUUCUUUUGUUCUGUCAUCUUUCUCUAUUAAAAAAAUAAAUAAAAAAAAUACAUGUCCCAGGAAUGAAUUAAAGAAUUAUGGUUUUUGUGUAUUUUUCCUUUAAUAGAAAUCUAAUAGUUGAACUCUGGGCUUAAUUUACAUUCAAAAACAUUUAUUUGACCUGCGUGUUUUUUCCUAAAUGUAACUCUAACCCGGAGUGGGUCACACCCUGGUGGUAGCAGAUGCCCUGAGAAGUGCCCCGCCUGCCCUGCCUGGGGGCAUAUACCCUGGGAAGUUGCCCCGCCUGCAGUUUGAUGAGGAGUCUUUGUGUGAACUGACUGUACAGUAUUGGUCAUAUUGAUCGUCUUGGUUUGGAAUGAUUUUCACAGCAGGUUGUUCAGAAGAAGCACUUUUUCUUUUCCCUUCAUGUGCAAUACGUUCCGUCUGUCUGUGGGUUUUAUUUAUUUCAGGUUUCUUUUGUAGCAUGUUUCAAUAAAAAUAUGUACUCACUCUG